GUGUUAUUAUAUUAAUUUUUAUGAGCAAAAGCAACAACAUUCUUUAAAAGAAUUUGGAAGAAGAAAACAUUCUAAAAUAGGAUGAGUUAUUGGAGAAAGUACAAAAAUUGAAACAUGUAUCCUUGAACAUCCAAAACUAUAUCAAGAAUGAGCAGCCGUCUCUAAAUAAACUGAAUAAUGAUUAUGAUAAAUCUAUUGACAUGGUAAAAAAGUCAAUAAAUGGAAUUGGCAGUAUUAAUAAUUACUAAUAUUCUAGAAUUGUUAAAAUCAUCAUUUGGAUAGAACACUUGCUUUCUGAUUUGUGUUGUUUUUAUGGCGAUAUUCAUACUUUAUUUAUUGUGA